GCUCGUCAACCACAACGGCGGUAUCGAAUCCAAAUUACCUGCAGUUCUUUCCGCUGGUAUCAAGGGCCCGCGGUCCAGAACCCCGCACCAUGUCGUUCCUCGUGGUACUGGGGAGGUUGACUGCCUUCACCGAUAUGUUUCUCUCGGGUCUCGUCAUCCCCAUAAUCCCGACCAUCCUCCAACACCGAGCCCACGUGCCUCCCCAACAAGUCCAGAUAUGGACAUCGGUCCUUGUCGCCGCGUAUGGUGGUGCUUUUGCCGUCGUGUCUCCUUUGAUGACCUUUCUGACACGGCAGGGACCAAAAGGCUACGCAAUAUUGCUCGCAGGUCUGGCUUGUGCCGCAGCUGCCUUUGCGCUCCUGCAGUUCUCCGAUGAUCUCUUCACGUUGAUUCUGGCACGUGUUCUUCAGGGCCUUGCAGCGGCUGCCAUCACAGGGGCGUCGUCUGGGCUACUGGCAACCGCAGCCAGCACCAAUACAGCCAGCACCAAUAUAACGUGGCUCUCACCUGCCUUCCUACAGAGCACCGCCAUGACAACAGCCCCCCUCAUCGCCGGAUUCUUGCACGACCACUACAGCUCUGACGCUCUCUUUUACUGCGCCUACGCCGUUAUCGCAUUCAAUAUGCUGUUGGCUCUAGCGGUUGCCAGUGUCACUUUAAUUAGCCGGGCUGGCUCCACGGACGAGACGACCGGGCUCCUCGAGUCGGAAACACAACAGGGUGGCGGUUAUGGGACGAUGCCUUCGGAAGCUGGCGGUCACAGCAGGAGGUCCUCUCGGUCGAUCUCGCCCACAUCGGUACCCGUGGUAUCGAGCCAGCCCAGUCCUCCCUCAACAGCUGAUGCUGCGGCCAUUUGGAGGCGGCUCUCCGUUGCGCUUGGCGGAUAUCUUGUCGUUGGUCUCAUUUCCUCGGCACUCCAAAGCGUGCUUCCGCUCUUCGUCCAGCGUCACUUCGACUGGUCGGUGCUUGAGAGCGGAUACAUGUUCGUUCCGCUCUCGGCUCCUUCUGCUGUUCUCGGGUUGCUCUCUGGCAUUCUGGCGAAGCACGUACCCAAGUCAGCCCGGUUUCUCACCACGUCCGGCUUUUUGGCUCUUCUCCCCGCUUUCCUAUACCUGGGGCAACUCAAGGACAACACCCGGUUUGUGCAACACGCCUUUCUCCUGACGCUCAGCGCUAUCUCUUUUGCCACCGGCCUCUGCGGAGACCCUUUGUCGAAAGAGAUCGCAAGUGUCCUGGGUGAUUCUGCGGAUAGCCCCUCGAACGCCAUAGCUCAGGCCACUGUUCUUCCAAAUCUCGCCAACGCCUGGGGUAGCCUGAUCGGGCCGCUUUUUGCCGGCGCCGUUAGCUACCUCUGGGGUUGGGAGACGAUGAACAAGUCGCUGGCCGUGCUUGCUACAGCAACCGGUGUCACGUCUUUAUUGUUUCUUCAGGGCUGGAUCGGGAACCCGUACCCUGACAUCCAGGCUCGCCGCGCAGGACCGGCCUCGGAUGAGGAGUCGGCCCCGUUGUUGGCGAACGGGCGUUCAAACGGUGGAUCCCACGAACACUCGGGGGCUUAUGACGGCAAGGAGGAACGCUACGCAGGGAGACAGGGCUCCGACGACGUGUCGCCCCACACCCGCAGCGACGGGGAUCGCAAGCAUCGCUCGCACCGCCGCCACUUCAGCGUCGACAACUUCUCGGUCGCAACCACCGCCGGCGCCGGCAGCAUGGACUCGUCCACCUCCUCCGUCCGAUUCCAAGCCGCCCUCGAGACACCCAUGCAAUCAUCAAUGACGGUCAGCAGCAGCUCCCGACGGCCGUCCGCCAGCGACAGCGCGAGCAGGGCGAGCGGCGGCGGCGGCGGCGGCGCGGAGCGGCGGUACGUGAUGCGGGAGGCGCCGCACGCGCCCGCGACCGACCCGCUGCUGGCCGCGGGAAGCCUGUACGUGAUCGACGAGGAGCGCGACACGGCCCGCGGCGUCGAGAGCGAGCGCCAGAAGCGCCGCGUCGUCGUCUUCCCCGAGGGCGCCGCCCCGCCCGGGCUGCUGCAGCGUCACCGACAUCAUACUGUUGCUAUUAAUGCGCUGGAUGGCACGGCGCAGAUGGUUUCGGAGAGUUCGGAGAGUCAUGCCGUGCAUGUCACGGAGGAUGGUGGGGCUGAGGAUGAGGAUGCUGCGUUUGAGGAGACUACCUCGCGGCGGUAUGUGGUUGUGGUGGUGGAGGGGGAGGAUCCGGAGGCGGAGUGAGCGAUGGGGUUUGGUGUA